UUAUACUUAACAACGUUUAUACAAAAAUUAAAUUAGGCUCGAAUAAUUUUAGUUGCUGAUUGCACAUCAACAUUGUUUUUUUACUUUAGGCGAUGCUUAAAACUGUCUUUCUCUCUCUCUCUCUCUCUCUCUCUCUCUUAAAAUUUUAAAGAAAGAUUUUUAAGUCUCGCUUAAAGUCAAAAUAACGGUGCGAGCAGAUCUUAGUCACAAUUAUCUUUUUCAAAUAAAUUUUACUUCAAUGAAAUAAAUCUUAAUCUUGUGUACACUCAAUUGUCAUGACAUUUGAUAUUAAAAAUAAUUAAAUAUAGAUUAUACAAAAAGCUGACAAGCUAAAUCUUUCUUAAGAAAAAGUUGAAAAGAACUUCGAGAAAAUUUGAAAAUAAUUAUCGUGGAUGAACAAAGAGACAAUAAUUAUGAGACACUCUGUGCAUUGUUUGGGGAUAUUGAUAGCUUCGAAAGUUCCGUCGUCAUGGCGAUCAACAAAGAACUGACGUAUACACUUCGCGAUAAUUGCUAGAAUCGCUAGAACGUCGAAAGGUAAAAACCACAGAGAUCUUUCUGACAUUGUCACGAGCGAGUCGUAAUAUGUAGUGCAAAAAUUUAUAUCAUUUCAACGUCUGCACCAAUACAACGAUUACGUAACCCAGAUUGCGAUGUAAAACGUCAUAUAAUAUUUGGAUACCAGUGAAUAGGGUCCUUAUAUUUCUUCUUCGUAGGAAAUAAUCGUGAACAGAAUAGUAUAAACAUACAAAUGACGGAGAGCAAAAAUUCCGAGACGAUAGUGACGUCGUUCUGCGUGGACAUUGUCACCGAGGAUUCCUUCUACGAGAAUCUGACCCUCGGCGUGGUCAAGAUCCUCGAGAGCUCGCCGUGCGUGAGAAAUGUGCGGAUCGAGAGGCGAAACGGCUGCGAAUCCGGUGCGAUCACCAGCUGGGAGCAACGCCAUUGCUGCGCGCUUCCCGAGGACAUUCGGAAUUUCUACGUCUCCAUCGAUGGUUUCCUGCUACAAUGGAAUCUCGAUAUAGCAGGUGAGGAGUUCUCAAUAGGUCGUAUGGAAGUCGGCGGUCUAUCGUCUCUGAAGAGAUACGUCGGCAAGGAUCGGCAGGCAGGAUCAUCGACGCAGGAUCCGUCGGGCAGCCAAGCGGGAAACGUCACCGCGGAGCCGCAGGACAUCAUGUUCUCCGGGGAUUCGCGCGACUGCAGACUCUUCGAGAUCGGCCAGUGCUUUCCGGGACCCGAGAACGGCCGGAUCUACUUGGCGUAUCGUUCUAAGCAGGAACAGGACUCGCCCAACAUUUGGCUCCAUCGAGGCAGCGGCUGGUACCAUCUGGCUGACAAUUUCACCGCGUACUUCCGCAUGAUGCUGGUCCAUUUGGGCCUGCCGCUGUGGCAGUGCUGCGUCGCCGGAUUGCCUCUGCCAACCUGGGUCGAGCAGGCGUACUUUCUGGUUGGACCCCAUCUGCUGCCGUCCACCGUCGAGCCCACCGAGACUGUGUCAGCUUCAUUGUGGAACAACGGGCCCAUCAAUGUUCUUGAUCCGGCUAUCUUCAAAGCCAAGGACAGCAAGCAGAGGAACGCUCGCAAAAACAACAGUGAUGUAAAAAAGAGCACGAAGAAUUCAACACAACAGUGUGAGAAGCGGUUUCCCUUCCUCGUCGCUAACCCUUGGCCCAGUUGGCACCGCGGUUACGCAAAAACGUCCGAUUGGCAACGUAGUUGGCGAACGCAGUCUGCGACAAGACGCAGUCGUGCCGUCGCCGUUCUCGCAAAGCGUCCGCGUCAAUCUUUUCUUUUUCGCUGUUUUACUUUCGUCGUACUCUUAAUGCAGUUCUACGGAUUACCUAAUGAAUGUGAAGUUAGCUAUUCUGGGCGGAAAUUCAACGGGAGCUCCGGAGCUCCAACUGCGAUGUUACAUAACUCUUAUACUAGAUUGUUGAAAUAAUAUAGUUUUCCACAUCGUGUGUAUUGUUCAUCAAACUUAAUCAAAAAGAAAAGAAAAAACUUAAAAUAGCUUAUUUCUUAAGCUAAGAUUUUGAAACGUUCAAAACUCAAAGAAUCGUAAAAUAAGAUCGAACGUGAAGGUAGAAGCUUCGUAUCAUUAAAAAAUCUUUAUAUAUAUGUCAGUUAUUUUUAAUAUCAUAUGAAUUCCUACAGACUCAUUUAGUUAGACUAAACUAAAAAGUUUCCCGUUGUACAGUUAUGGACACAUCAGUUGCGACACUUUCUUUCAAGUUUCAA